UGUGGAGGGAGAGAGAGAGAGAGAGAGUAAUUUCACUUAAUGUACCUGUGAAGUGAAGAGCCAGUCCAGUAUUAAGGGUUUGCAACCUCCAGUUGCUUUAUGUCUUUCUAAAACAAAGUUGCAGGAUUUCCUUCAAUUUGUUCUGUGGAGUCAGAGGACGCAAAGCCAGUGAAGAUGAAAGAAGAAGAGAAAGCGGAAGCUGAUGAAAAGAGUUUAAGUUCCAUUCCCCAAGCCCGUAAGAAGAGUAGGAAGAAUCCUACAAAUGCUGGUACUUUAACCACCAAAUCUCGUCCCAAAAAUGCCAAAGUCAAGAAAGAGGAACCCCAAGUUGAUGACAACGACCAUGAUCAUUUUGACACACCCAUUAUGGUUAAGGGCUCCUCAGGGUCGCGCCCUAAGGUAGCUAAAGUCAAGAAGGAAGAAGGCAAGGAUGAUGAUGAUGAUCACAGAUCCAUCUCCAAGAAGAACUUUGAUUCCAAGGAAAUGAACAAGAAGAAGAAUAUAAAAGAGGAAGAGAAGAAGAAGAAGAAGAAGAAGAAGAAGAAGAAGGGAUCUGUAGUUUCAGAGCAAAAUGGCAAAAAGAGGGAGAGGAAGGUUUAUGAGUUGCCUGGCCAGAAGCGAGACCCUCCUGGGGAGGUAUUAUUCAGAGACCCACUUAGGAUUUUUUAUGAAACACUGUAUAAGCAGCUUCCCAACAGUGAAAUGGCACAAAUCUGGAUGAUGGAAUCUGGUUUGCUCUCCAAAGAAGAGGCAAAGAAAGUUUACGAGAAGAAACAGAAGAAAAAUCAGCAGAAACUGAGUUCCCUGAUGAAAGCAGUUGUCACAACAAAGGAGACUCAUUCUGUAACCAUUGUUAAGAAAAAGACACCUUCAUCCUCAGUAUCAUCAACUAAAAAGAAGACAAUAGAAUCCAAGCUUGAAAUAAAGCAGUCCAAGAAGCGCAAGAUUGCAGAUCGAAGCUCUGGGGAAUUUUCUGAUAAAUGAUUCCAUACUUGAUGGAAACAGAAAGGAACGGAGACCAUCUUCACCAAACUCAUCUUAACACUAAAUAUAGGAAACAAAGAUGUUUUGGAGGUCUAAAUUGCCAAUAUGCAAACAAAAAGGGCACUAAUUUGUGAAUGUGACAAAAAUGGUUCAUUAUUUAAUGAGCCUCAUUGCAUUCAUAUCAUUGGUGAUUCCAUUCCUUUCCUGUCAUUUUUUGGAAACUAAAAGAAAAUUGAGAAAUAUAAAGCAAAACAAAAUUAUGUGUCAA